AUGGCACGCAACAUUCGUGCAGCUCCGGCUUCCAAAAAAAAGACAAGAUCAUCUUUGGCUUUCUAUCAAAAGAAGGAAGAUGCAAACCAAGUCUCGAAAUCAGCACAGCGGCGCCGAAAGCAGCGUGAACGCGAACAGCUAGCAGGUAACAAGGCGGGCAUGCAAGAGCUGACAGAUAUGGUUUCUAUGAUAAAAUCAGAAGAGGCAAUAAAGCCAGCUUCACGACAAACUGACAGCACAUUCAAGUCAAAACGCGAGAUGCUUCGAAGAGAAAGACAGCGGCAACCAGUUAUCUUGGCUGACCUUCAUCAAAGUGUAAAUCCAUUUGCAGCUCUUCGAACACACGCACGAAACACCUUGGACCUUGCACCACGAAAGCCAUUAACCGAAAAUGAUGAGCAAAUGGACGCUUCAUAA